AGAGAGAGAGAGAGAAGUGGGGGAUAGAGGGAUCCUGGAACCCUGGGCGGGACCCAAGGGCCUGUGGCUGGGGGAGAUGGGCUUCUCAUGGGGGGCCUUUAGAGAAUGUUUCCACCCAAGAGGCAGGUGCUUUAAACAUCUCUUUGUUGUUUGUGGUUGUUGUUGAAUUUUUAAAUAUUGUCACUGUGGCAGUUUCUUGCUGGCAGUUCAAUUGCUUUCAGGAACAUUUUUCUGAGACAUAAUUUUCUCGGGACAUAAGUUCAAUUUGAGGCAGUUUUACAAAACGAUUUUAUAAAGUCGGUAAAAACGGAGGAAAAAUAAUUUUUAUUUGCGACCCCAGAGAACUUCGGAUUAGAAAUGAGCUUAUAACUAGUUGUCUCAACGGCGCAUCGUGGCGCCUGGCCGUUUUCUGAGUUGAGUGUGAAAAUAAUGGAGUAUUGCUUUGCAUGAAUUUUUAGUGAUUUGGUUAAAUCAAACACGGUAAGAAAUUGGAAGGCUCUUUAAAACUCCACAGAUGGGCCAGCUGGGAUGCGGUGCGGGGGUUCUCUGCGGUGUGAGGUGUGAACCAGGGGCUGAGGCUGUGGUGGGAAGCGAGAAAGAGGAGGUGGCUUUGGUCUCCCAGGGAAGUCCCUUUACACUUGGGCUCCACGGACUGCGUCCUUUGCCCUCAGGCGCGCGCACCGCGGGCGUCCAGAGUAAAUUGCCCUUAGAUGGCCGCGGCCGGGCAGCGGGGAGGCAGCUGGGAGCAGCGAUAUUGGGAAACACUCGCAGCGGGGCUGGCCUCGGGCGCGCGCGAGUGGGGAAAGGCCUAGGAUUCUGGACAUCGCUGCGGGUCCGGGACAUCAGCAUCACUGGGUUCGGAGCGGGACGCGCGCCAAGCGCAGCAGCAGGCACCUUCAGAAGGCUUUGCGGACCCGGCGCAGGGCCUUCAGGGCGCAGGCGACUCUGCGUUGAAUACGUGAAAACUGAGCCAGCAAACAUUUCCAAAACUGCCAGCCAGGAUGUGGGCUGCUGGGAAAAACGGUCUAGUGGGGACAGGGCCGAGUCCCGAAGUCAGAGCGACCAUCCUCCGCUCGCACCCUCAGCCUGUGACCCGCCCUUCCCGGCCUGCUCGAGACCCGCUGGCGCCAGUGAUGCGCGUGGGGACUCCGUGCAUGGCCGAAGCGAGGGGAAAGUCGGGGCGCUGGUGUCUUUUCAGAGGUUCCAGGAAAGAGGGAGGCUCGCGUUAGGACUAGGAGGUGCCGGUCCACGGCUCCUACCCGCCCCCGACGCCCGCAUCCUUUUACAGCCCUCCGUCCCGUUCCUGGUCCCUGUAGAGGGGAAGGUCCUCUCCCUGCCCCGAGGCGGGAGGAAAAGCGGCGAAGAGGAGGCUCGAAGGGCGCCGCGUAGGGCAAGUGGGCCGAGGACACGAGGGGCGCGUCGGGGAGCGGGGAGUGGGCGGGGUGGGAUGAGCCAGGCAGUAGCCGGGCCGGAGCGGAGUGGAGUGGACCGCGGGCGGACGGACUCGGGCCGGGCCCCGGGGAGCAGCUCCGCAGUCUGAAUGGACGUGCUGCAGGCGCCCUCUAUGGUCCGAAAGCGGAAUGCGGCCUUGACCAGCGCGGAUCUCGCUCCUGGGGUGUGGGGCAAAUCUGGGGGCGCUGGGCCUUGGGGCUCCGUGGGCACGAGCCUGGAUUUGUAGUGAUGGGGACCGCUUUGGGUUCCAGGGCUGCAUCCACUGGUUCUUUGUGUGUGUUUUGGGGGACUGCCGGGCCAGCAGGGUAGGCUACUGGCAUUUGGAGGUAGUGAGCACUGGGCUCUACGUGGGGUACUUUUAUUGUCCAGUGCCUUCCUUGCUAAAUCAGAGAGGUGUUUCUCAUCUGCCCUCGGCCCUAGCCCUUCGUGGAUCAUCAGAGCCCUGGGCUCAUCAUUCCAGAGGUUCUGCAAUGGGGCCCUAGAGCCUACUUUGACUGCUGGGCCCAAAUAGAUCUUGUGUCCUUAGCCAGAUGGUGUCUCUAGAGGGGCUUGACCAGCUACGCCCUUCGCCUCUGAUGAGGAACUGUGUUCCCAGCCACAGAGACGUGCUGCUCAAGCAACCAGUGUGCUGGGAGAUGCCUUCUGGGUGACGCUGGAAACAGCAGGUUGGAUUCAGGUGGGCCAGGUAGAGUUCUCUGCCCCUGGGCAAGUUCAGCUCUUUAUUUCCCUGAAUCAAAUCGGAUGGUCUGUGCUGGCACCUGCUGCUUUGCACACCCCUAUUUCCACCCUUUCCUGAUUUUUUGGUCAAUGCAAGACAUUUGGGACCCCACCCCCACCCCCACCCCCACAAGAACUGCUGCUGAGGUGGCUCGGCCAGCACCUGCUCAUCCUUGGGAGUCCUGGCUACUGAGCUGCGUGGCCUAGAGUCAUGAAAGGUCUGUGCACCUUCCUGAGAGCUAGGUUUUCCAUACGAGGAAAUCAGAUUGCUAGCCUCAGAAUUAUUUUUCUCCAAUGAAAAGCUACAAAUGAAUUUGUAAUGGAGCACUGAAGGCAUUUUUGUCCUUUGGACACUAUUUGUUUACAUCUUUCUGGCCAUGGGAGCCAUCUAGGUGUGCAGGGUCCCAUGGGAGCACCCCACAUGCCCGGUGCUUCAGCUCCUGAAAAAUCUGGAGUGGACAUAGAAAAUCCACAAAUAUCCGUUGCUUCUAAAAACAAAGCCCUGUUAGUUCUGGAGGGGCUUUCUGCCUGAGGAAAGGGGCUUCCCUACCUCAGCAGUGCCCAGGACUGUUUCAGAGGUGGCAGCUGCUCUGUGGCCGGCAGGGAGGAGACGGUCCCUGAACAGACUAAGGGGAGAUUGUCCACAGGACUAAUUUCCAGACAUAGGGUUCCCCUUGUCAUCAGAAAUGGGUUUCCUAUAGAAAAGUUCCCUUUUCUGGUUAUAUUGGGCUUUUUCUGGAGGGGUAUGUGUGUGGGGGAGAAAGACAUAAAUCUGGUCCUGGGCUCCUGCGUUCUGUGUUACAGCCCUGGCAGCCCCCAGCCCAAAGGUUGAGCUGGAGUCUCUGAAAUCUCCUUGCUCGCACCAUCCUGCCCACUGUCCUCCGAUCAAUUACAUUCACCAGCACAUUUAUCUCGCCUGCAAUAUGGAGAAUUCAUAUUCAUAUCUCGGUUUUAGUGGUCUGACACUGAUUAAUGUAAUACGUGUCUCGGCUCCAAGGGGUGCGCCACCGAUGAAUCAUGCCCUAUAAAGUUUCAGUCGUCCUUGUAGAUGGGACUCUGCCAGAGAGCAAGGAAGCUGGAGUGAGGGAGGGAGGCAGAAAGGAGAGAGGACACGGUGGGCCACAGCACCCAGGGGUACCUGGGACAGGGCACUGGCCUUUGGCUUUUCAACAUGGAGGGUUCAGGCAGGCCCUGUCCUCUCUGCUUUUGAACCUCUUGCCUGAGAGGGGAAUGCUAAUUUCACCCUCUCCUGUCCACCCCAGCCACGAUGCCAGUGGGUGGCUGGUCGCCUCCUCUCACAGAGGCAAGGUCUAGGGUGGGGUUAGGGAUUCCAAGUGGAGAUGGGGUUUGUGGACUUGGACUUGGGAAGAGUGGACCACUGAAUGCACUUCUCAAAAUGACAGGGCCCUGUUUGUUGGUGGGGACUGCAAGUUGGAGGUCAAAAAAAAGGGAAGGUAGCAGAGCCUAGGGAGGGUCACCUGCAAGGGUGGGGGAGCACUGGCCCCACGGAGGAGCGGAGCUUCAUGGUGCCCUUGAGGAAAGAACUUGCAAGGCCAGAGGAACCUCCUGUGUGUGCAGAGGAACGUGCAGAGGAACACCUCUGCAAUGUGGGCCACACCGCAGGACCCAGCACUGCCACAGGAGUCAGCCAGACUCUGAGCCCUCCAGAAAGGAAAGGGAGGCUUUAGGGAACCAGACACUGAGCGUGUUCCCAAUGCCUGGUGACUUCUCUGUUCCCACAGAGGCCCCUGCCAUCUCGCUGGCCCUGAAGUCAGAAUGUGGCACCAGGAGGGGAGGGAAUGUGGGGUAAGUCCAAUUUGGGGGCCAGGAGACAGGGCAAACAGUGGAGGGGGCGCAUUCUGGGGGAAUUAAGAAGCCCACCCACCUUUAGGUAUCCCUUGAGCCAGCGAGCGUGGGGAAUGCAUAGAUUUGUGGAAGGAGAGCUCCUCACUCAGGGCACCCAGCCGCCUCGACCGCCCGGAGACUUUUUCUGUGCUUUGGCCGCCGACCCCGGCGCAUGGACAGCCCCAGAGCAAUAGGAGCGGCUCCAGGGAGAGGCCAUGCUUUCCAGGUCUUCUCCGGCGCUCCCCACAAAGCCAGCGACUCCAAUUAUGACUCCUGAGCUGAGAGGCCUGCCAAGGUCAUCCCGCGGGGACUGCUGGCCGCCUUUUGUACCCGGCGACUGGCGGCUGGACGCAGAUCCCCUUCCCUCGCCCCAGAAUGACGUCUGAAAAUGGACCUCUUAGGGCGAGCGCGGACGAGGGCCAGAUGCCAAGGCGGUCCCAGCCCGGUGACUUCAGCACUACGAGCCUGGGCCUGGGGGCCCCGGGUAUUUUGAGGGGCCCAGGAAAAUGGUUUAAUUUUUUUUUUCAUAUAAAAAUAUCCGGUAAUUUUUGGGUCGAAGAAAAUGUGUUAAUGUAUAUCAAUAUAUUCAUCUUUAUACCAAUGGAGUGGUAAAACAAAAUUUUUAAUAAGUUUCUCAUGAAGAAGGCGUCUGCCUUAGGCCCACGGAAGUCACCACGUGGCCUGGGACUGAGGAGGCUUCAGGAGCGACCUAAAAUGUUAGGAUUGCUCUAAAUGAGGAGGCAGAGAAAAGGCGGCCUUGAACCCGGGAGGGAGCAAGGGAUGGAGCUGCGCGCUGGGUGGCAAGACAUGGCAAGCCAGGAAGCUGGGACCCAGGGACGGCUCGGCCGCGCCGCAGGAUCCCAGGCUGUGGGCCUGAAUGGUGACCACGCGGAGCACGCGCCCCGGAGUCAGCUCCCGUCCGCGCCGUCCCAGCUCCCCGCCUGAACCCGGCGCCCCUCCGCGAGGAAAGGCCGGCCCUGGCCCUUUCUGGGCAGUGAAGGGGGUCAGGCCGACCCGGGGAAGAGGCCGAGCAGUCAGCGCCCCUCCUUCCCCUCGGGCGGGGCAUAAGUGGCCGCCCUCUCCGCGGCUGCUGUUGGGCUUCUGAAGACGCAGCGGUUGUCUCUGAUCCCCUAGUCCAUUUAUCCGGAGUCCUGAGCGCAAUGGCUGGUGCGGGGACACAAUGGCAGGAGGUGGUGGGGGUGGAGGGAGACCGGGCACUCAGCUAGCGCCACCCUCCUCCAGCCCCACCCGAGACGCUGAGCCACGACCCACCCUCCACGGGUCCCACGCCCUCAGGCAGAACGCAAUGGUGGGAAUGACGCCAAGGUCGGUGAAAUCUUCCAAAUUGAAGGGCUUUUAUUUUAAAUUCCGAUUCCCCUUUGAAACAGCCCUUUCGAUGAGGGAAGAAGCCAGCUCCGUUUCUGCGUGCGUGUUUAUGAUCUAUCUGUGAGCGCGGCGCUCUGGAAGGUCACCCAGGCUGCGGACGCCCUGAUAGCGGGGUGACAGCCUGCAGGAUUCCCCAGCUGGUCACUUUCAUUCUUGGUGUGUGUGUGUGUGUGUGUUUCUCUGUCUUCUCCUGUUUGCUGUUUGUCGCUGCUGUAUCUUUGCUUGUUACUGAAUUUUAAACAUAUGCUUAAUUGCCAGAGCCUUGGAUAGCUGCAGAAAUGCCUGAAAAUAUUAAGUACAUCUGUGAGAUGGUUGGCAAGAGAAAUUUAAAAAGGUGCUGUCUGCAGUGAAUGUUAAAAAGAUCUCACAAUGAAGUGAUUAACAUUUUUAUGAAUAAAAUUAAUCACGCAUUAAACUCUGCAGCACAGUACAUCUGAAAGCCAAAUGUGGAGCCGAAGCCCCCUUUCUUACACCCAAGAAUUUGGAGCCUUCCCUGGCCCACAGCAAGCAUUCAACCAUUAGGAAUUUUAGAGUAUUUAUGAGAAGAUACGUCAAUAAGAGAUAUCUAAGUUUGAGCUACCCCCUCGAAAGAAAAACCCUCCAAAAAUGCCUCCACCGCCCUCUCCCCCCCAACACACAAACACGUGGCAACAUUAAAAAGCAACCAGUAAUUAUUUUAUUUUAUUUUAUUUUCUUUUAGCAAACUCUCAACCAAAGCAGGCCGUUUCCAUUCUCAGAUAUGCACGUGGGAUAUGUGGCCCUGGGUCAGGGAGGGCAGGCAGGGCUGAUGCAAGAGGAGGGGCUGGAGUCCGCUUUUUCCUUCCUAACCCCCAUCCUGGGCCCACUCUUCUGGCAAAGCUGAUCAGAUUGGAGGGCGGGUCUUCUGCAUUAUUAAAAUUUCCACUCUUCCAGAUAAUAAAGUGUGAUUUCUCCUCUCUCUGUCUCCCCUUCUCUCUCCUUUCUAAUCUCUUGCCACUGUGGUUUUGGGAUUAUUCCAGCAGGCUGUACAAAGGGAAGCGAAGGCAUCUGAAGUGUCACUCUACAGCUGUGCAAAGUAACAGCAUUUCCAUUUUGUUGAUGCUCCCAGCUCAUGUGUGCAGCAGAAGGUGAAAUCAAAGAAGCCGGUCUUCCUCAGUUGUGCACAUUAUUUUUCACUGCUGUGGCGAAUCUCUCCGAGCUCCGUGAACCAAUAAAACAACGGUCCCUGUUUGAGUUGAUAUAUUAAUAUUUACUGAGGAUUUGCAAGGUUGGGGUUAAAUGUCAGCAGAUUGCGGGGGCAGUCCUGUGGGGAAUAAUUAAACAAAUCUCACAGCAGUUCAGCUUCCUAACAUCUUUAUUAAUGUUUUUUCUCCUUCCCUCCUGAAAGAGUACAUUGAAAUAUUGCUUUUGCAACCUUAGAGAAGAUUCAGAAUAAGCUUAAUAAUAAAAUACUGCGUUGGCAAUGUGUGCACCUGAUGGUGUCCCGGAGCCUUCCUUUCCAGGUGUUAGUGAGUGAGGGAGACUCUGAUGUGUGAGUCAUCACCAAGCUGUUGUGAUUCUCACCUGCUCUUCUAUCAAAUUUAUCGUGACCAAUUUGCGAAACACAGUAAGACUGUUCCUGUGAUUUGAUCCACGCCCUGGCUAUGCCUGCAUGGCCCACUUUGCUGAGCAAGGUGACUGCAGGCUGCUUGUUCCAAGGCCUGCCUUCUUUAACGUGAUUACAGUGUGCACUUUAGUACAAGUUCGACAAUUCUUUUUAAUAAGCUUCAUAAUUAGUGUUGGGAUGCCUCAUUACAAGUCAUAGCCUGUAGCGGUCCUAGGCCACACAGCCCUCUGCAAUCUGAUUUAUUUUUUAUCAGGCAACAGGAGCUGUCUGGAGUUUUUGUUUGUAUAAUGGGGGCCUGCAUUAGGCCCCCAGUGUAAAAAUACCACCAGGAAAUUAAUUGCUUCUGUGUGGAUUCACCACAGACGUGUCCUGUUGAUCAGAAUAGUAUAUUUUUGACUUUGCUGUCCUACAGUGAAUUGUAAAAAAAUAAAAUGAAAGCCAGCAAUGCACACAUAUUAGCAUCCACGCAGAUUCAGGAGGCAUAAUUGAAAACAUGGGGCUUCAAAGCAGGAUGUCCAGGGCAGGUUCGAGAUUCUGGUAAGACUUUUUUCCUUCCUUUCCCUUUUCUCACAGCUCUUAUUUGAUAAGAAACCCAUGUAUUUUUGUAUUGUCUGUAAAGGAAACCUCUCCAUGAAAAGCACAGGGCCAGAGUCUCAGUUGGUUUCUGGCUGAAAGAUUACUCAUGAUAAAUACACCCCAGCAGAGUGGCUGAUUUCCCUGACACCCACCCUGGGCAUCGAGACCCCUGCAAGCUUCAGCAGACAAGGGCCUGUCUCAAGUGUGCCUCCCGGCCACCCCAGAGGGAACGCAGGUGGAUGCUCGGUGGCCGGCCUCAUGGACACUUUCAGGGUGGUGUGUGUGUGCCACAUAUUUCCCGUGCAGACCCCGGUUUCCCUGCAUUGCUCCCUGGGCUAAGACAGAAAUACAUGCCAAAGGCUUCCUUCCAUCUCUUUGCUCUUGCAUCACACCACUUCACCAGUUCCUGAACUCUGAUUAGGUUGUGAAUUGCACCUCCAGCUUUGAACACUUAAAGGAUUUUUUUUUUUCAAUCUUAGUCCCUGAAUUAGAAUGUGUUACUUCUGUGUUCUCUUCCCAGCACUGGACGGGUCAUUGUUGGUGCUUCCGUGUGGACGGAUCACAUCCCGAGGGUGGACAUUUUGCUCCUGUGUUCCUUUGUUUGUUCUUUUUCAUCCAGGAGUUUUAUGAUUCUCCUUGUCCUUCUCUUUUGAACUCUCAUGUGGUCAGCCAUCUGCUUUCCUUGCUCGGCACGGUGUUGGGAUGGGGUUUGUAAAUUUAAUUUCAGAUAACAUCUUGUUUGUGAAAAAAAGAAAACUAAAGAUCAGUGUAACAAUGAUAGUGAAGCAUAUGGAAUUGUGCAGGAAAAUAAAUAGGUUUAGUAUACACAAAAACAUAUUGCUCUGAUGGUUUUAUUUUAUAUUUGUUUUUUCUCUGACUUUAAAUGCUCCUAAAGACACAUUUGGCAUUUUUGCGCCAGUAGCAAGGAUGUGCAGAGAUGUAUUGAUGGAAGAAUUCUAGUAGUUCCCUAUUAAAAUUCUGUAACUUGCCAUAUUACCAGUAAACGUGAGCUGCCAGAGCCUACAGGUAGGCAAGGGCUACCAGAAGGAGAGACGUGAGGAAACCUUGCCAAGAAGCCAGGAGAAGCCCCAUUGGUCCCUCCCACAUGGCAUUCAGACAGAGGGUCCUCCAGCAUUGUGGGCUCAAGAGUUGUCCAAGUGUGUGUUCGUGUGUGUGGUGUGUGUGCGUGUGUGUGUGAGAGAGAGAGAAAGAGAGAAAGCGCUAGCUCUCAGGGUGGGGAUGUAGGGGAGGAGACCUAGAACUGGGUUUGUCAGUCUGCGUAAUCUACUCUCUCUUUAUCCUGCUCCCAGAUGCCCCUCAUCCUCGGGAGAAGACUCUUAGAGAAGCUUGUUACAAAUGCAUAUUCCUCAGCCACCCCUCCUGAAUUCCUGUUUCAGCAGGAGUGGAGUGGGCCCAGGAAUGUGCAUUUUAAAUCAGGGUCUUAGGGUCAUUCUGAAGCUGAAGGUGUAGCCUAGGCUUCGACCCUAAGCUGCGUUAAAUGACUUCUUGCUAGAGAAGCCCCCUCUAAAAGAGUCCAGUGUCACCCGCCCUGGUUUAUUAACACUUGAACUGAGAUGGAAAGGUUUUAACUUAUUGCAGAGCCAAACAAAUUAAUCUUUAAUGGUGAGCAUUGCUUCUGCUCAACCAAGGGAGGGACCUCUGGGAGCUCUCUGCAGUGCUCCCCAGGCCAGCUCCUGGGGGAGGGGCCUGGUCACUGUGAACACAUUCUGGUUGUGCAGAACCCACGGCGACAACAGAUCUUCGCUGAUGUCCUACUGUGUCCAUGGCCAUCAGGGCCAUUUAUCAAUUCCCAGCAGUUAAAAAGGGGAUAAUGAAAUGUUGCCUGAUCCCCAACUUAUGGCUGGAACCGAAAUGCAUGGCAGAUUCAUUUGUCAGCCAGCAGCAGCGGUGGCACUUUGGGCUCUCUAUUCUAGGGACAGUUCAUUCCAAGGGUCUUCUCUGCAAUGGAGGGCCGCUGAUUAUUUGUGACAUAAUUAACCUUUACUCAUGCACAUUUUCCUUUUUACUAUUCAUGCAGUUGCUAAUUCCAAAAGUAGAGGGCAGUUGUCCAAGAUGUAAUGAAAUGGAUGCCGUGAGUGAGAGUCUCUCAUUUGGUGAACGAGGCUGCAGACCCUUGAUAGAAAGUCCACAUUGAAGGAAGCCCCCAGUGAAAGGAAUAACAAAAUAAUUGUAGAAGUAAAAAUAAUAAAAUAUUGCGGAAUAACAAAAUGUUGUUGAGUACAGUGUUGUGAAUGAGAUCUGAGUGCUGACCCCAGGUGGCCUCCAAGGUAGGACAAGGAACACAAAACCCAGGAGACCUUUCCAGGGAAAAAAAGCAAAAAGAUCACCCCACCCAAGGCACUUGCUUUCCUCUUCAUUUUUCCUCCCUCUGUCACCCACAUAGAAAAAUAAAGAUAGAAAAGAAUUUCUCAGCCAAGUUUGAAACCAGCCUAAUUUACAUGGACUGAUGUUCAUUUUAUCUUAGGAAAUACUCCUUACUUCUAAGAAGGAAGAUAUUUUUAACUUUGUUAAGAAAGGUGGCUGGGCACAAGGGCUCACGCCUGUAAUCUCAGCACUUUGGGAGGCCGAGGCAGGCGUUAUCACUUGAGCCGAGGCGGGUGUUUUUGAGAUCAGCCUGGGCAACAUGGUGAAACCUCGUCUCUACUAAAAAUAUAAAAAUUAGCAGGGCAUGGUGGUGCAUGCCAGUAAUUCCAGCUAUUUGGGAGGUUGAGGCAGGAGAAUCCCUUGAACCUGGGAGGUAUAGGUUGCAGCGAGCCCAGAUAGCCCCACUGCACUCCAGCCUGGAUGACAGAGGGAGACUUCAUCUCAAAAAAUGAAUAAAUAAAUAAAAAGACUCUUCCAAUCAAAUCAAGAGAAAUGUAAGGAAAUACAUACAUGUGGUCAGGACCAUGUAUUUUUAGUAGAGAUGGGGUUUCGCCAUGUUGGCCAGGUUGGUCUCGAACCCCUGACCUCAAAACAUCUAAACUCUCUCCAUGGUUUUCUGACUUUCCAUGUUGUAACUCAUGCCUUUAUUUAAAUAUUAUUUUGUUAUUUUAUAAGAUGCCAUGUUUAUAUGGAGGCUGCAGAGAGCCAAGAUCACACAACUGCAUUCCAGCCUGGAUGAGAGAGCAAGACUCUGUUUCAAAAAAAAGAAAAAGAAAGGCCCCCCAAACAUUUUGGGCAUCAAAUAUCUGUUAAAAGCAAACAUUUUGAUAAGUUACAAAGACCUGUGUCCUGGGAAGAGCUACAAGUGCCUGGCCUGUAUCAGGACCGCAGUCUUAAGAGGUGGGCACUAUGGCGAUCCUGGCUUUACAGCUUUACAGGAAUUGUAAGGACUUAUACGGGGAGUUGAAAUGUAUGAUUGGGGAAAGCCCAGUAGCUGGAGGGAAAUGAGUCCUUCUGCAGAGGAGAUGCAUCCUGUUUGCUGUGCUCUGAGAUGCAACUCGUGGACUCACAAGAGGGCCCGGCUGAGAAGGCAGAAGGAAAGGCGCCACCAUUGUCAAAUGCUUCUUGUGUGUGAGAUCCAUCUGCUUACCAAUUUAGUGUCUUAAUCAACCCUUACAAACCCAUGAAGUAAGUAAAAGAAUAACACUUUACAGAUGAGAAAAAUGGAGGCUCCAAACAUGUAUGCAUCUCACUGGAGAUCCAGGCACCGCUGAGGAUAUGGCACAGAGGAACCUUGCAUCCAGGCUGAACAGUAUUCUGUUACGUCUGCAUGUCUUUCUUCAUCCAUCAAGGGAGGCUUAGUUUGUUUCCGC